AUGCACCAGCGGGACCUUGUUGCUGGUCUUCCCAGGGUGCUCCCUCCCCUUCCCGACUCGCCUGCUCCUCCCUGUAUUCCCUGUGUCGAGGGACGGCAGCGCGCCGCUCCUCACUCCUCCUCCUUUCCCCCGACGACUGCUCCCUUGCAGACGCUCCACAUGGACGUGUGGGGCCCAGCCCACGUCCGUGGUCAGGGUCAGGAGAGGUACUUCCUGAUUCUUGUUGACGACUUCUCGCGCUACACCACGGUCUUCCCCUUGCGCGCCAAGGGUGACGUCCCUGAUGUCUUGAUCCCUUGGAUCCGCAGAUCUCGUCUCCAGCUCCGUGAGCGUUUCCGCUCCGACUUCCCUGUCCUGCAUCUGCACUCUGACAGAGGUGGGGAGUUUUCCUCUGGCCUAUUGGAGGCCUUCUGUCAGCAGGAGGGCAUUGAGCAGUCGUACACGCUUCCGGCCUCUCCACAGCAGAAUGGGGUUGCUGAGCGCCGCAUUGGUCUGGUCAUGGAGGUCGCUCGUACCUCCUUGAGCCAUGCGGCUGCCCCCCAUUUUCUGUGGCCGUUUGCAGUCCGAUACGCUGCGCAUCAGCUCAACCUCUGGCCCCGUGUCUCCUUGCCCGAGACUUCUCCGACACUGCGUUGGACGGGAGAGGCUGGCGAUGCGUCGCGUUUUCGGGUCUGGGGAUCCCGAGCUUUUGUCCGCGACACGUCCGCGGACAAGCUCUCCCGUCGCGCUGUCCCCUGCGUCUUCCUUGGCUUUGUCCCGGACGCCCCUGGCUGGCAGUUCUACCACCCCACCUCGCGUCGUGUCCUGGCCUCUCAGGACGUCACUUUUGACGAGUCCGUCCCCUACUACCGCCUCUUCCCCUACCGCACUGCCCCGCUCCCCCCCCGCCUCUCUUCCUCGCUCCAGGUAGACCCGGGUGAGCCUGUCGAGGUAGCUGUUGACUCUCGUCCUGCUAGGGGUGCUGAGCCUGGGGGUGCUGCGUCUAGGGGUGCUGAGCCUGGGGGUGCUGCGUCUGGGGGUGCUGAGCCUGGGAGUGCUGAGUCUGGGGGUUCGGAGCCUGGGGGUGCUGAGUCAGGCGGUGCGGAGUCUGGAGGUGCUGAGCCUGGGGGUGCUGAGUCUGGGGGUACUGAGCCUGGGGGUGCUGAGCCUGAGCGUGCUACACCUGGAGGAGCCCUCUCCUCCCAGCAGCUGCAGGAGAGGUACCUCGAGUACUGCCGCCUCCGGAGAGGUGCUACUGGAGCUCGUCCCGGUACUUCCCCUCCUACCCAGGAGCUCCCCCCCAUUCAGCAGAUCCGCGAGUGGUACACACGGCGCUGCAGUCUUCGGAGUGGUGCUCCUGGUGCUGCGGACCCUGGGGGUGGCGCUGCUGCUGGUGCUGAGGACCCGGACGUUGGAGCUGCUGCUGGUGCUGCGGACCCGCCUGGUGGAGCUGCUGCUGGUGCUGGAGGACUGGACGGUGGCGCUGCUGCUGGUGCUGAGGACCCGGACGGUGGAGCUGCUGCUGGUGCUGAGGACUCGGACGCUGGAGCUGAGGACCCGAGCGGUGGCGCUGCUGCUGCUGCUGAGGACCCGGGCGUUGGAGCUGCUACUGGUGCUGAGGACCCGGCCGGUGGAGCUGCUGCUGGUGCUGUGGACCCGGCCGCUGGAGUCUCCUCUGCUUCUGGAGACGCUGCGCGGCCGCGACCGUACUUCGUACCGCUCCUUCAGCAGGUUCUUGGGCAGGCUCCUCCUCCUUGUCCUCCUCCCUCCGUAGAGUGUCCUCCGCCUGUCCAGCCGCAGUCACAGUUACCGCCUACCUCGCCUCUCCCUGCUCCCUCUCCUUACACUGGUCCCACAGGAGGUCUUACAGAGCGUCGUGAGCCUGAGUCUCGUCCUGCGUCGCCUGUUCGUCCUGCUCGCACUGGUAGUCGUGUCCGUCGUGAGCGUCCUCCUCCUGUCCCAGGCACUCACUACAUGACUCUGCGUCCCUCUACUGCUCCUCAGCGUGUCCCUCUACCGUCUCCUCCUGCGUCCUCUUUGCCUCACGUUCCGGACCCUGAGUCUGACCGGUACCGUGCUGAGCACCCUACUGUCACGCGUCUCCUCGCUACUGUUGUCACUGACCCUACCUUUGAGUCCUCGACUGCGUCUGCUCUGGUCGCUGAGUUGGUUGACUUUGCUGCCAGCCUUGUUGCUGAGUCUGAGUCUGAGUCUGUCUGUCCUCUGUCCGUCGGGGGUGAGCGUGCUCUUGGCACGGACGUCCUUGAGGACAGACAGGAGGAGUUCCAGUGUCUUGCUGCUGCUUUGCCCCGUCUCGUGUCCUUGCUAGUUGCCCCUGAGGGAGACCCGGAUGCACCAGACAUCCCGACCCCGCGCACUUACGCUGAGGCGAUGGCAGGUCCCUACUCCUCUCAGUGGCAGACAGCCAUGGACGCCGAGAUGGCUUCCUGGAAGUCCACACGCACCUACGUCGACGAGGUUCCCCCUCCUGGGGCGAACAUUGUCAGUGGCAUGUGGAUUUUCAGGGUGAAGCGGCCGCCGGGUUCUCCGCCUGUCUUCAAGGCACGUUACGUGGCUCGAGGCUUCAGUCAGCGAGAGGGAGUUGACUUCUUCCAGACCUUCUCCCCCACCCCGAAGAUGACUAUUCUUCGGGUGCUGCUGCACAUAGCCGCUCACCGCGACUACGAGCUUCACUCACUUGACUUCAGCACUGCUUUCUUGCAGGGCAGCCUGCACGAGGAGAUCUGGCUGCGCCGCCCACCUGGCUUCACUGGGUCGUUUCCUCCUGGUACCCAGUGGAGGCUUCAGCGGCCGGUCUACGGUCUCCGCCAGGCUCCGCGUGAGUGGCACGACACACUGAGGACUACACUUGCGGCUCUUGGGUUCGCUCCUUCUACUGCUGACCCGUCGCUGUUUCUACGCACCGACACCUCGCUACCGCCGUUCUACAUCCUCGUGUACGUCGACGACUUGGUCUUUGCCACUGCUGACACCGCGGCACUCGCCCACGUGAAGUCGGAGCUGCAGAGGAGACACACGUGCACAGACCUGGGUGAGCUGACAAGCUAUCUUGGCUUGCGGAUCACCCGGGACAGAGCACGGCGCACCAUCACCCUGACUCAGUCACACAUGGUGCAGCAGGUUCUCCAGCGCUUCGGCUUCACGUACUCCUCGCCUCAGUCCACUCCUCUGCCUACCGGUCACUCGCUCUCAGCUCUGCCUUCGGAUGAGUCCGUAGAGCCGAGUGGCCCGUAUCCAGAGCUUGUGGGCUGCCUCAUGUACCUGAUGACCUGCACUCGACCUGACCUUGCAUACCCUCUUAGCAUCCUUGCACGCUAUGUCGCUCCUGGCCGUCACAGGAAGGAGCACAUGGAUGCCGCUAAGAGGGUGUUGCGCUACUUGUGCAGUACGUCGGGCAUGGGGCUUGUGCUUGGAGGUGUUGGUGUAAGGGCCUAA